CGCCGUCGUCGCGAGUGCAGUUCAUCGCCGCUGUCAAUUUUGACGUCUCUGACAGCGGUUCGAAUUUGGAAUUUCAAGUUUCCGCCAUACAUUAAAGACUGUGCUGUGAAAAAUGGCUUUUGAGGAUAGAUGUAGUCCAAAUCAAGCGAACAGUCCUGGUCCGGUGACAGGUAGAGUUCCAGGACCGCACACAAAUCAAGUCCAAUUCAAUUGUUCGUCGCAGUAUACUUGUACUACAAUCGACAGGUAUGAUAGGACAAACGUAGCCGUCAAAGUUCAACCAAACUCACCACCGCCGAGUCCUGAGCACAACCAAGAGUACUACUACCGCCCAGAAACCCCAGACGUCAAACCGAUAAUUCCAGAAAGAUUCGACAUUGACAAACGAUACCAGCCAGCAACAUCCGUUGCGUUUUCCAUAAACAAUAUUCUACACCCAGAAUUCGGUUUGAAUGCAAUUCGAAAAACGAAUAAAAUCGAAGGACCAAAAUCCGUCGGUCCAAACCACAGUAUUCUUUACAAGCCAUAUGAGUCAAAGAGUUUUUCGAAAUACGAGUAUGACUAUCGGAAAAAAGAUGAUUUUAGUACAUUGCCUCCGCUGGGUGGGCUUAGACAGACUGUUUCAAACAUUGGCGAGCAGAUUUACAAAGAGAAAGAAAUACCAAAGAUUGUAGAGCAAAAAAGACCUGACUCAGCAAGUUCUGUUGUUUCUUCAACAUCCAGUGGGGCCUCUACGCACAGUACUGAUACGAAUAGUCAAUCUUCUUCAGGGAAUACAACAUUAUGGCCUGCUUGGGUUUACUGCACCAGAUAUAGCGACAGGCCCAGUUCUGGUCCAAGAAGUAGAAGAAUGAAAAAGAAAGCCGAUACAGAGGAGAAAAGACCUAGAACAGCAUUUAGCUCCUCACAGCUUGCAAGAUUAAAGCACGAGUUUGCCGAGAACCGCUACUUGACGGAGCGGCGUCGCCAAGCCCUGGCUGCAGAACUGGGCCUGGCUGAAGCACAGAUCAAGAUCUGGUUCCAAAACAAACGAGCGAAGAUCAAGAAAGCCACAGGACAGAGGAAUCCUCUCGCUAUGCAGCUGAUGGCACAGGGUCUUUACAACCACAGCACAGUCACCGAGAGUGAUGAUGAUGAAGAGAUUAGUGUUACGUGAAGUGUCUGACAUGAGUGAAACGAACAUCCUGAUCAUUUGGAUGCACGGACUUCCUCCACAGCUUGAUUUUCAAGGAACUUUGCUUUUUGUUGAGUGUUCGGAAGAGCUGUUUGACCAGGACCAGGGCAAAGUGCGCGAGGUCAAGUUUGUCUAUCGAUUUAUAAAUAAAAGUGUAAAAUCUGCGAACGCACGCAAUGUCAUUGAAGACUAAUGCCUGCCACCGAAUUCCACCUCCGCUCGAUGCACUAUAAAUUAGGAUAUCAUCUCCACUAUCUGGAUGUGUGGCGUUCCUCCACAGUGCGGUUUUUAAGUAACUUUCUUCCACGUUCACAAGCUGUGGAAUGUGCUUCCUUGUGCGGUGUUUCCAGGACGAUAUAAAAUGGGUACUUUCACAGAAAGCGCGUACACUUUUCUAAAAGGCCGGCAACGCAUGUGAUUCCUCUGGUGUUACAAGAAAUGUGGGCGGCGGUGAUCACUUAACAUCAGGUGACCCGUCCGCUCGUUUGUCUCUUCUAAAAAAAAUUUUAAAAAUAUUUUAAAUAUGGAAAACGCCACAAAUAACACAAUUGUAAGCUUUGACUCUUAGAUUAACGAUUGGUCUCCGAUGCCUACCUGAUACCUGCUGAUACUAGUAUCAGCACAUCGGAGACCAAUCCUUAAUCUAAGUGUAAAGCAUUUCUUUUGUUCAGAUUCGACUCGGACAGUGACAGUUGACACACGACUACGAAAAUUGUGCUUACAGUGUCUUUAAGCACCCUUUUGCCGUUCCGCUAUUCUGCUAGACUGCGAAUGCUAUGUCCUUAUAAUGUGUAUAGAACUACAUUGCGUGUACUUUACGUUACGUCAUUAGUCCAUGAUUUUGAGGAAACUUAUGACAAUCCUAUGUCAUAUUCACAUGAUUCACAUUUUUUUUUAAAUUCCGCAUAAGCAUUUUAUUUUACAGAAGAAAGGACAAAACGCAAUUAUUAUUGAUAUUCACAGAUAAAAUCUUACAAUAUUGCUUGUAAUUAAAUACAAUUAAAAUGUGUUAUGUAGAGUGUAAUAAUAAUCGCAAUUCAAUUGUAAAUCUAGAGUACAAAAACCCACCAUACUUAACAUACAAUAGUGAUAAUCAUCACCAUGUUAAAUGUAUCGUAUAAAACAAUGAUACUGUCAUUUGUACUUAAGUAUUUUAAAAAUAGCCGAUUAAAAUGUUACUCUCCUAUGACGUGAUAUAUGACAAUCAUAGAUAUAUCAAGAAAAAAAAAACAUAAAAAUAAGUAUCUAUUAAGCCUCGAUUACACCAUUGAGGUAGGAUGAACACUUCGAACUUAGCUUUCGUGUGUAAACGGGUUUGCAGAUUCAAUUCAGGUUUCACCAACACCAAGCGCAGUGAUAGCCUAAACUCGUUUAAAUGCUAACCGCCCAAUUUUGGACGUUCAACAUGUUAUUUGAUCGCGUUCAAGAGCUGUCAAUGUCGUUACCGUAAUAGAAACAAUGAAAAAUAGCAAUUAUGAUUUUGUUCAUCGAUGACAUUUUUGACAGGUAUUUGAUACAUUAUUUUCUUUAUUACAUGUAAACUCAGUUUACGUCAACAAGUUCAAAAGAUAUUGGUGUAAUCGUUUUGUGUUUAAUCGAUAUCAAGACAGGCAUUUGAAUUCGUUUACGUUAAACUGAGUUUUAUUAAACUCAGUUUAAAGUGUCAUUGGUGAAAUCGGGGCUUAGUAAUACAUGUGUCACCCAGCGAAAGCUCGGUUUGGUCGCGAAUCACGAGCUCAGAAUUAGGAAGCGCGAAGAGAUGCACAGACCUGUCGGAACUCGCACUUAACGUAUCCACACUUCCUAUAUUGAUAUGGAAUUUGAAUUAAAAAUAUUAUCAAAUUAUGUAAAGAGGAUAUUGUAUAAGAAUGAGACAAAAGUAUACAGUGUUUAUAGUGUAAUAGUGUUUUUCACUGUCGAACAUUGUGUAAACGAAGAUGGCGUACUGUCAAAAUGUGUCCCAAUUAGGACACUUUCGAGUCACACAAUGCGCGUUAUAACAAUCUAUAUAUAACUAUAAAAACAUAAUAUCUGCUCUAUUUCGAUAUACAAUCAUUGACUGUAUAUCGAAAUAGAGCAGAUCAUUUUUGAUUUUUCAAAAAUGCUAUUUUCUGUCAUAAAUAGAUAAUAAAUAAAUGACAAUUGCUGAAUUAAACUUAAUUUUACCGAUCGAUUCGAUCUCGAACUUUCUAUACCAUUUUAAUUGAAUGAACCGUUGAAACGUUUCAAUCUGUUUCCAAUGUACCCUCAACUUUGAAUUCUGUAAACAUGUAAUAUUUCUUCUUUAUAGAUAUUUUAUAAGCUUUAAACACAAUACAAGUAACAGAACACUAGCGUACCUCAGCGAUCUCAGAAAAUUAUAAAUUAAAAUACUCCGACAGUGACCAGUCUCAGCGGCGCAUCGCGUGGCACUCAAUACUUUUGUCAUCCCAAGAUUGCUUAGCGGCCGUAUAAAUCGUGUGUAUGUGUGCGUGCGUCAAUUCGGGGUUCUCUAGUAUAAAGUUAAAGUACUGUUCUAUUACUGUAUUGUGCUUUAGACGAAUGCUUAUGUCUGUGACUUUGACUGCGUAAAUUACCUGAUUAGUAAUAGUAGGCUUCAUAUUUUGAAAAUAUUUGAGUUGUAUGUUUGGCAAGUAAUAAAUGAAUACAAAUAAAAUUAGAUGAUGCAAUGUAAUAUCCAAUUAUGUUAAUUAUUUAAAUUGUAUAUAUAAAGAGGCUUUUAGCUUAGUUGUAAAUACUGUAAUUUUAACGUGAAUGUUAUUACUAUAAAUAUAUUAUGUUUUGUGAAUAUUUUUAGUGUAAUGAAUGUCAUCUAAGCCAUUGUAACUCUUCCAAUUUUCGUUGUUUGUAAAUAGAUUUUAUUUAAUUCUAGACUGGUACGUAAUGAUUAUAAUAAAUAAUAUAAUGUGGUUUUAA